ACUUUCCUUUCACUAAACUGUUCAACACCAUCACAGUGUUUGUUUGUUCAGAUCAGGAACCAUCUUGUGUCAAAACUCCCAAUUUUCUCCAAGUGUGUGUGUGUUUGAGUCAUGCAGCAGCAGCAGCUUCUCCUGAAGUCUGAGGACAAAAUGCAGCAGUUUAGUGAAGGAGGUCUGGAGCUUCCUGCUACACAAGCUGAGCGAUGGACAUCAUGGAGUGACGAGGCAGAACUUCCUGUACUGACUCAGCCCGGUCUCGGAGUAACUACCACCACGGUGACCACCAUCACUCAGACGGGGGGAGACUGGAGUACGGGUCUGUUUGACGUGUGUGACGACGUCAGCACCUCUUUAGUAGGAGUGUUCAUGCCGUGUUGUCUGGAUGUGAGUUUGGCUCAUCAGUAUGGAGAGUGUUUGUGUCUGCCUCUGUUACCUGCCUCCACUUUUGCCCUGCGGGUCGCCUUCAGAGAGCGUUUCAAAAUCAGGGGCAGUGUGUGUGAUGACUGGGUGACGGUUUUCUGCUGCUAUUCUCUCGCUGUGUGUCAGAUGAUGCGGGAGAUGAAGAGGAGGCUGAAGAAACAGACAUACACCGUUACCACCACACUGGAGAGUUGCUGAGAGAGAGAGAGAGAGAGAGAGAGAGAGAGAGUGUGUGUGUGUGUGUGUGUGUGUGUG